AUGAUCCCCAAGGUAGAAAAGAAACUCCUCAAGGAACUCAUGGUAGCUAGAGCUUUGGAGACUCGCACCUACAAAGACCAAAGGGCAAACUACGAGUUCUACCGUGCCCCCUACCAGUCCUUUGAGCCGAAUGUGCCCCUACAGCCACUCCGAGUGCUAAAACUACUAAAUUUAAGGGAUUGGACCUUGCCGGUGCUUACAAUGAGGAGUCUCGAGAAACUUCUCCAAGAAUUGAAGGAUCAUCAAAAGGCGAAAGUUUCUCUGAACAAGACGUUGGAAGCCAGGAAUGAGCUGCAUCAUCUGAAGAAUGAGAUGCAAGGAAAAUUAGCUGCCUCAGAGGCUACAAUCUUGGAGCCCUCCGCUAGAGCGGAGAAGGUUGAAGAGGAGAAGGAAGCCCUCUCCCUUAAGGUUUCCGAGCUUUGA